ACACCGAUAACACCAAUCAAGAAAAACAAAUAAAAAAAUUAAGUUUUGUUUUUAGCGAAAACAAAGCGGAGCAAUGGGCAGUUGAGCAAUAUAUCGCCCAUGGAAUCUCUUGUUGAAGGACUGCAAGCUCCAGAGAUGGCCACAGGAGACGGCCAGGAGCCAGGGGGCAGUGCCACCGGCUUGGUGUUCUGCACGGUGUGUGCUGCUCCCUUUAAAAAUGUGACAGACUGCCUGGCCCACGAGUUGCACAAGCACAAGAACACAAACAAGCCGCAGAAGAAAUUUCGCAAGAAAAUUAACGCGCUGACCAAGCAGUUUAACAGCGAAGAAACGCAAAGCGAACGCAGCAAGUUGCAGGAGGCGCUGGACAAGACACAGGACGGGCAGUACCUGGAGACAAUAUUGAAUCGCUAUGCGGCUGACUUGAGACGACUCGAUUGCUGUUAUGCCACUGUGCGCAGCUGCUUUGAGAGGGAAAAGGCACUAAAAGUGGAAGUGUUUCCCUUUGGCUCGCUGGUCACCGGACUGGCCUUGGAGGAUAGCGACAUUGACUUGUAUCUAGAGUCCACAGAUGAAAACGUCAACUGCCCCCAGCGGCUCUUCAAGAAGGUGCUGAGAGUCUUGCACCGUUCGGUAAGCUUUACCGAAAUCAUAAACGUUCGACAUGCCCGUGUGCCCAUUAUUCGCUGCAAGCAUCAAGUGACGGGCCUCAACAUAGACAUCAAUAUGAGCAAUCCCAACAGCACCUUCAACUCUCGCUUCAUACGCGAGCUAAUGCUGCGGACCAAACUUCGGCAGCUUGCGCUGUUCCUCAAAAUCUGGGGAAAGAAGGUGAAAGUCGUUCGCAUGGGUGGCAUGAGCAGCUACUGCCUGUUCAGCGUUCUCCUCGUGAAUCUUCAAAUGCGCAACUUGUUGCCAUCCAUCAGGGAACUGCAGGCGCAUGUCGAACCCAUCUCCGUCAAAGGAGUCAACUACGCGUACAGCAUGGAGCGAGUGCCGCCACUGCCUGCCCAGGUGUCCACGCUCGACUUAAUCGGAGACUUUUUUGCGUUCUGUACCAGCAUAGAAUUCGAGAAGAAACUUUUGUCACCGUUUCUGGGCGGUGCAGUGGACAAGGUGGAAACUUUGGGCACACCUGGCGGCUUUCCGGAGUACGAAGAGCAAUUGCUUGCCCUUCAGGAAGAGCUAGGCGAAGCGCCUGAUAAAUUUCACUUGGAUCGUACGGUAUGCGUGCAGGAUCCCUUCGAGCUGGCACGCAAUGUGGCAAAGAACAUAUCACAAACAGAUUUUCUGUACAUCAAACAAUGCCUGCAUAUGGCUGCACAGGCAUUUAAGAAUCGAGAGCUACGAGCAGCGCCAAAUAAACUCUAUGAUUACCUGCUCUUCGGCCUUGGAGACAAAAUGGCAUUGGAGAAGACAUUGCAUCGGCCAACGCCAGCCAAAAAGUACAAGGGGAAUGCAGCUCCAGCAGAACAGAAAUGGAAAAUGAAACGUCAAAGAUCCACCAAAGCAUGAGAAACUCUGCUUGGAUGUUCCCUGGCGUGCCUGCCGGAAACAAAGCGCACGCACUUGAUCCUGCCCAGCAAGAAUGAUCUCAAGAGCUUGCGCCCCGUUCUGCUCAGCCAAAACAUUGAAGAAAACCAAACAAUUUAUUACUACUGGCUGCUCUGCUAUGUGGACACCAUAAAGAAUGUCCUCACGGAGAUCUUUGCGCUUGACCUGGAGCUGGAGGACUCACAGGAGCCGUGCUACCACAAAUGGCUGAUGCGUAGCACAGUGGACACCUGGACAGGACGCGUGAGUAAGCUGAGCCAGCCGGGCCAGUACUUUGAUAUGCACAAGCAGCAGACUGACGAGAUGCUAAAGACGCGCAGCGGUAAGCCACAGCAUGCGGUUAGCUUCGAGGGCUACUUCUCCCUGCGCGCCACCGAAGACUACAAAAACUUGGAACUGGUGGUGGAAGCGUGCCCUGAGCACAUCAAUGAAAUGCAGCGCCAAGGCUCGAUUACAAAACUCUUCAAGGCACUGAAGGAUCUGCUGUCGAAGUACACGUUCCAGGAGAAGCUGCGCAAGUGGGAUAUUUGCAGUGUGGGCACAGUGGAUACGUAGUCCAAAAAUGCUACAAUUGACCUCCAAUAAGUGUAUUAUUUUGAUAUACAUAUAUAUUUGAGACUCGCUUUUAAUUUAUGAAAUUGGACUAUUAACAAAGAGUAACAAGAGUAAAGACACUACCAGCCAGUAGACACUCGCUAUUAGCCACUAACGAGACACAAACAUCCAACGAGUAUUUCUAACUGCUUAUAAAAUUAAGUUUAGUUUGGCAAGAGAUUCACUUAAGAGCAUAAUUCAGGAGAAUCAAUCUACUAAAAAGAUAUAGUUAUAUAUACAUGGACUAUAUAUAUGUACAAUGGAAACCCACCAAAGGGGCUAGGACAACUACGACUAGCUUAAGCAAUCUAUGUACAUGUGUAUUAUCAGGUAAUAUACCAGAUUCGAAUCUGUUUAACGGCACUUGGGGCUAGCUUGAAUA